GAGAAACUUGUCAGCACUUUCCUUCCUCGCUCGCGUCUGAAUCCUCACGAAAGGUGGCCGUUAAACAUGGUUGAGAAAACGGCCGUCUCGGCUGCUGUCAGGAAAUGCUCAGCUGCUCAAUGUGCCGGCACGGAAGGGUUCUCUCGCUGCUCGUGCUUUUAAGUACAGCCCAGACAGAAAAAUGCACGUGAAGAACAGCUUAUAUAGGCUCUGAAGGAACUCUGGGAUCUGUGGUGGAGGAUGUUUGCCCCGAUUUUUCACCUCUUUGCGACUUGAUGUCGAUAUUACGGUUUAGGGGUAACAGCUCUGACACGAUUGCAAGACACAAACAGCCACGUGAAUGGUUUUUUCUCGGUGUUUUUGUCGCUGGACUCUCUCUGCGUCGACGGUGUGACAUGAAGAAGGGCGUCCUUCAGGAAAAGCCUUCGAGUUUUAUUAGGUCACGCCUCCUGGACAAGACCUUUCCAGAAGACAACACGCGCCCACGAGGAAGUAUGAUUCUAGGGCUCUUGGCGGUAGGCAUUCUCUGGGGGGUGACCAUCCCUCUGAUGCGCGAUGGGGGUCUGGCCGCCGACGGCGAUAAAGCUCCUGAGUUCGACGAAAAAGACAAGUUGAGUUCUUCGGGAAAGAAACUUCGUGGAGGCAUUGUCGGCUGCUUUCUCUCCCUGCUGCGGCUUCUCAUCCAAUGGCGAGUUCUCGUUCCGUACCUGUUGAACCAGUGCGGAUCACUGUGUUACUAUUAUCUUCUCGGAGAAUACGAUCUGUCGAUUACCGCCCCUCUGGCGAACACCCUGGCGUUUUUCUUCACUUUCCUGACUGAAGCCAUCAUGAAGAAGGCUCUGCCCUCAGCCCAAGAGAUUGUAGGCUGCGCCUUGAUUGUCUUCGGGUUCGCGAUUUGUGUCAGCGACUGAGGUUGACAGUCUGGCUCCUGUCGAAGAUUUCCAGUACCUGCUGUCGCUCUUCCUUCUUCCUACCUCGUUCCUCUGGCCUCUGGGUCCCUACACCUGCAAAGAGAGACGCCCCAACUUGUCAAGAAAAAGAUUCGUCGAAUCAGAGAAUAGAUGGACUCACUUCUUUACUGAUUUACAAUGGUCUCUGGCU